GGUAAAGGAAACGAAUGUCUAAUACUUUUUCUCCGAAAACUGUCCGAAUUCUGGAAAGCCAUGAAAAAGGCAAACUUGUCGUCAGUCUUGCUGCUUUCAUACCUAGGAGUUUUGUGCCUUAAUGUUUUAAUUUACCAAGAUGUCAGUUUCUUCAUUUUAGACCCUCAAUUUUCACUGCACAUUUGUGUUUUGCCCUAAGAAAUCGAGAUAUUAUUAAUAUUCUCUAAUUCUGAGAGAAGCAUCAUUUUGAUCGUGUAUCCAGUCGUUCCGAUCGCUGUUGAGAAACUUCGAAACAAAGACAAAGGGCCCUUUGGCCUCUGGAAAAGCUGAAACGAUGCAUUUUCUCACAAAAUGCGACAAUUUGACGGGAAGUUCUUUGCUGAGUGGGUGAAUGAAUCGAUUACAAUUUUGGGAGAAAAAAAGACUAACAGCUACUUUAGCAGGCUUUUAAUAAUAAGAGGAACUUUCAAAGGGACCAUUGACUCACUCUGUAACUGCGAUUCAGCUCAAUUUUACCAGAAUGAGGUUCACCGACACCAGCAACACAUACUGCUCCACGUCUUACUCUUAUGCUCAACACUCCAUUUUGGAAAGAUUGUUGCGUGGACUUAUAGAAGAAAAAUUACUUGAUCCGAAGCUUUGUGCGAAUUCGGGUGUUCGGUUAAAUUUAGUCAAUAAUUUAGCUGGCGGAGUUAGUUUUGAUAGGGCAUCAAUAGGCUGCGUCAAUGUGAGUAGCUCAUCCGAUGUGAAUGACAAGAAAUGUACUCGGGAAAUAUACCAUCCGAUUAAAUUGUUGGAAGAACUUUUUAAGCGCGGAUCAUUAUCCGAGGAGACCGGUUGGGCGCAUCUGAAGAGGGAAAUCGAGAAUGGUCUUGAGAAUUUAAGGCGAGCUCUUGAGGCUGAGAUUCUGCGCUCUGAGGAUAUACGCAAAAGAUCUGAAAAUUUCGACAACACCAAGCCGUUUUCAUCGCUCUGUAGAGCACUCGCCGAUACUACCGCUCGCGAUGAAAAUAGCAAUCAAGUUCUUGCAGCAUUUGAGCAGAUAUUUGUGGACGGUCACCCUCUUACCCCGACUGCAAAGGUGCGAUUGGGAAUGACACAUGACGAAGCUGCUGAGUGUGGCCCAGAAUUUG